AUGGCCGACAUAAUUUACGGAUACAUAAUACCAUCUUUAGCUAUAAUUACAAUUUGUGCUAAUUCCUUAGCCAUUCUGGUUUUUGUCACAACAAACCGCAAAUCACCGACUAAUAUUGUUCUGACAGUGCUUGCGUUUUCGAAUAUUUUUUCAAUCGGAUCGAUAAGUCCGAUGUUUUUCUUUGUUUAUGGGAUAAAAAAGGCGGAUUUUAUAUACGGAUGUGCAUUUAGUGUGUACCAUGAUUCAGCAUACUAUGUUACAUCUAAGUUUCAUUGUUUUUCAAUUUGGCUUACAGUCUUGCUUGGAGUAGAGAGGUACAUUGUUGUUGCUUUUCCGAUGAUUGGACCGCGAUUCUGCAACCGGAGAAAUACAACUGUGACUGUAAUUGUCAUGUUCAUUUCGUCUUUUCUAGUUAUGAUUCUUCCUAAUAUGUGGAGUAAACACUAUAUGUCAGCAAGAUUUAAUAUCUCUUCUACUGAUUUACCUCAUCUACAAACACCUGAAGGGAACUCGAGCAUUGGUAACAACAUAAUCGGUGUGGAUGUAUGCGAAUGUACAUACGAACCCUUCGAUUUCGAGUACAAUAAACUUUAUAACUGGCUGAGAAACAUUCUUGGGACAACCGUACCGUGCUUGAUAUUGCUAGUAACAACAAUACUUCUUAUAAACGAACUGAGAAUAAAUAACCGUAAUAUACAAGAACUUCAUUUUGACCAGCAUAUCAAAGAGAGACGGGAGCAAAAACAUAUGUCAAGAGCAUCGAAACUUAUCAUAGUUAUAACUGUGUUUUUCUUGCUUACCGAGCUUCCGAAUGCAUUUUUCUUCACUUGGAUAAUUUUAGAACCUCAUGCGUAUGACUCUGCUCUUGACUCCGAAGCUCGAUUUACAUCCGCCAUUAUAUGUAAUUUAUUUGUUUAUAUUGCAUGUACCGCAAAUUUCUUUAUUCUAUUACUGAUGAGUCAUUAUUUCAGGGAUAAAUUGAAAUAUUUCGUGUGUCUUUAUUGGUUGCGAAAACCAUCAACAUACAAUCGACCUCAGUAUAAUUAUAGUUACUCUUCAAAGUGUUCAAGAACUAUUUGAAAUGAGACAAUAUCUGGCCAGGAAAAAGCUUCUAAAUUAUAGUUUUCCUGUUGUGAAGUUCUUUCUCCCCUGUGAGAAAAGGAGAUUUCAAGUUUAUUUUUUACUGUAUAAAUGCUAUGCAUAACUAUAUUAUAUACAUGUCAGAUCAGAUGGUGAUACAUUUUUCUGAGGUGACACUCUCACAAAUACUUAUAUAUUUUGGAUAAAAAUGAAGGAUAUUGUAUGAAAUGAUCAGGAACGAUAACCCGGUGAAUUUUUAUAUAAAGUAGUAUUACUAUAAAUGUUUGUAACAUAACAUCCAAACUAUCGAACUUGAUCACUUCACUUCUAGCAGUGGUCUUGUUUUAAAUAUACAUUUAUUCAGUCUAGCUAUUUCAAAUGUCCAUUUCACCAUAUUCUACUGUUAAUUUGUCAUAGAUGGUCUUUAUGCUACUUUGGUUGUAUUUGUUCUAGCGCUAGUGUAUUGUCGGUCAACGGAUGACAAUAUUUGUAAGAAGAAAACGCCAUGUAUUUAUUUAUUUAUUUAUUUGUAUAGUUCAUUGACGUUCAAGAAAACAAAUCAACAUGAAUACCUUUUAGCUGUCUGAGUCUUGAGUGUGAGGUAUAAUAGGGGUUAAGUUUGUUAUAUCACUUUUAAAAACUCUUCCCGCAACUGUCAAGUUUAAGAACCGGAUCAAAGGGUCGAUCUUUUAUUAGAUAGUUAUUUCGAUCUUUUAUUAGAUGGUUAAUUCACACUUUAAGUCAUCUGGCUUACUGACAAUGCAAGAAUAAAUACAAUUCUAUUACAAUGAAUUUUU